UCAGGAAGCCGGAAGUAACAGGGCGGAAGCGGGGAAUCAGCUGAUCAAGCUGUCCCCAGGUAGAGCCGGGAGAGGGAGAGGAAGCCGAGCCUGGCCGGGGAGGGUGGUUUGAUAGACGGCUGGGAUUCCAGGACACCCCCCCCCCCCCCCGGGCUGCCUCACGGUCCCUAGUAAAGCACAGACCCGGCUGGUCCUGCAGCUCACAUCGAGGGGGAGGAGGAGGAGGAGGGCUACUGGGGGGCUUUGUUUGAGUGAAUGACAGCAGACAGGGUCUGUAACCAGGGAAGGGGCCUGGAAUAACCAAUCCCCCUCCUCUCCCCAGCCUGGAGAUCCCUUCCCCUGGCUGCUUACAGGGGACACUCUGAUCACUGGCAAUAGACAAGAGGACAAAGACAGAGUGCUGGGAGCACACAGGCACAGCUGCAGGAGAUGUGAGCUCCAUGUGCUGGGCUAUUAGGCAGCAGGAUUUUGGAAAGUAAGAAGAGAGAAGGUGUUAGUGUGACCUCCUGGGGUCUGGAUGUGACAGUUCAGACCAUAUCCCCCUGGGUAGAGCAUCACCUGGGAGUCAAUAUAGUCAUUAAAUAAAAAGGUACCUGGAGUAAGGAUGCUUCAUUGACUCAACCAUCUGCAUUGUCUGGCAUCUGAAAAUGGGAAUUAGCAACCGCUAAAUUUGAAUAUUACUAUUCGUCUUUUAUCUGUUCCGUCGCAAUUGGAGUGUGUCGGAGUCAAUCUCCCUUGCCUGUAUUCUGUGAUGGAACUCAUGUUUGCAGAGUGGGAGGAUGGCGAAAGGUUUUCUUUUGAGGACUCGGAUCGCUUUGAGGAGGACUCUCUUUGCUCUUUUAUCUCAGAAGCGGAAAGCCUAUGUCAAAACUGGAGGGGUUGGCGGAAACAAUCACCAGGACCCAAUUCUCCCACUGUCAAAAUUAAAGAUGGACUGGUGAAUCCUUUGGUGGAACUUUCUGCAAAGCAAGUGGCCUUUCAUAUUCCAUUUGAAGUGGUCGAGAAGGUCUAUCCACCAGUGCCAGAGCAGCUGCAGCUCAGAAUUGCUUUCUGGAGCUUCCCAGAGAAUGAGGAGGAUAUCAGACUCUACUCAUGUUUAGCAAAUGGCAGCGCCGACGAGUUUCAGAGGGGAGAACAGUUAUUUCGAAUGAGAGGCGUUAAGGACCCCUUACAGAUAGGUUUCCAUUUGAGUGCGACAGUCAUCCCCCCACAGAUGCUGUCUCCGAAAGGCGCCUACAAUGUCGCAGUGAUGUUUGACCGCUGCCGGAUCACGUCUUGCAGCUGUACCUGUGGUGCAGGAGCCAAGUGGUGUUCCCAUGUUGUGGCCCUGUGUCUCUUCAGGAUACACAAUGCAUCGUCUGUCUGCCUGCGAGCGCCUGUUUCGGAGUCAUUGUCUCGGCUACAGAGAGACCAACUACAAAAGUUUGCACAAUAUCUUAUCAGUGAGCUGCCUCAACAGAUUCUUCCCACUGCUCAGCGCCUUUUAGAUGAACUAUUAUCUUCACAGUCAACUGCCAUUAACACAGUGUGCGGAGCUCCAGAUCCUACCGCUGGGCCAUCUGCCUCAGACCAAAGCACCUGGUACCUGGAUGAGUCCACCUUGAGUGACAAUAUAAAGAAGACGCUUCAUAAGUUUUGUGGCCCUUCUCCUGUUGUCUUCAGUGAUGUCAACUCGAUGUAUCUCUCUUCCACUGAGCCACCUGCUGCUGCAGAAUGGGCUUGUCUUCUGCGUCCCUUAAGAGGGAGGGAACCUGAGGGUAUUUGGAACUUAUUGUCCAUAGUAAGGGAAAUGUUCAAGAGACGAGACACCAAUGCUGCUCCUUUACUUGAAAUCCUUACUGACCAGUGUCUAACUUAUGAACAGAUAACAGGAUGGUGGUACAACGUGCGCACAUCUGCAUCUCACAGCAGUGCCAGUGGGCAUACAGGCCGAAGUAAUGGACAGUCGGAGGUGGCUGCACAUGCAUGUGCUAGUAUGUGUGAUGAAAUGGUUGUCCUCUGGAGGUUGGCUGUCCUAGAUCCUACGAUCAGCCCACAAAGACGCAGAGACUUAUGUACGCAGCUUCGUCAAUGGCAAUUGAAGGUCAUUGAGAAUGUCAAGAGGGGUCAACAUAAAAAGUCUUUAGAUAAACUUUUCCAAGGAUUCAAGCCAGCGGUGGAAGCAUGCUACUUUAACUGGGAGCAAGCGUAUCCAAUCUCUGGCAUCACCUACUGCAGCACGGACAAGAAAAAUGCUUUUUGUUGGAUUAAAGCCUUCCAACAGAGGAGCUGCCAGCUACACUGCACUGAGGCGGUCUGUGAAGGUGGACGAGCGCAAGGGCAUGAGAGUUGUGUACAUUUUGGAGACCGGUCCCGUGCUCAAGAGAUGUCCGUUCGUCCAAAAGAGUUGGUGGGGAAAAGAAAGGUUGCCACAGAUGUCCCCCAAAGAGUUCUUAGACGACUCUCUACAGAGGGUGGUGACAAAGCUGUAUAUAAGACCACAGUCAGCAAAGCAAAGAUACCACCAAGUAAGUGUCUAGCCAGUAAGCAUGGUGGAAAGCGUAGGAUGAGUAGUGAAGAUAGUUCCCUGGAACCUGACAUGGCUGAGAUGAGCCUUGAUGAUAGUAGUCUAGCACUUGGGGCAGAAGCCAGUAACACUUUUAGUUUUAUUGACUCUUCACUAACCAGGAGAUACAGGGAUAACUUUGAAGAUGAAGGUGGAGUUUACUAUGCAGAAGAACCACCUGUUAGUACUCCGGGAGUACCUAAAACUGAUGCUGAUCCAAUAGGAGAAGCUGCAGCAGCCAGUGGUGAAGACGACCUCAUAACUGCAGAUGACAGUGAGGGCAAGAGCUUAAAGCCAGAAGAAGUAGUGAAUGGAGCUGUAGGCGGCGAGAAGGGUGAAACCAAAGGAGCAGAGGAUGGUGAAGUACAAGAGAAGGGUGCAGACGAAGAUGACUACCAAGCCUAUUAUUUAAAUUCACAAGAUGCACCAAAAAAUGAAGAGGAAAAAGCAGAUGAAGGAACAGAAGAGGAACAAGACCUCUUUGCAGGGAUUAAGCCUUUGGAACAGGAAAACAGAAUGGAGGUUCUGUUUGCUUGUGCUGAAGCCUUGUAUGCUCAUGGUUAUAGCAGUGAAGCUUGUCGUCUUACAGUUGAACUAGCUCAAGACUUACUUGCUAACCCUCCAGAUCUCAAGGUGGAGCAGCCACCAACCAAGGGUAAAAAGAAUAAAGUUUCCACCACCAAACAGACAUGGAUAGCCACGAACACUUUGUCCAAAGCAGCUUUCCUCCUCACCGUGCUGAGUGAGCGUCAGGAGUAUCACAACCUUGCAUUUUGCAUAGGAAUGUUCGCCUUGGAACUCCAGAGACCUCCAGCCUCCACCAAAGCACUGGAGGUAAAACUGGCUUACCAAGAGUCUGAGAUUGUGUCACUGCUAAAAAAGAUCCCAUUGGACAGCAAUGAAAUGAACACUAUUCGUGGACGUGCUAAGGAUUUGCGAGAUGGAACCUUGUGUGAUUACAGACCUGUCUUGCCCCUCAUGUUGGCCAGUUUUAUAUUUGAUGUCCUUUGCACACCAGUGGUUUCCCCCACAGGCUCGCGUCCUCCAAGUCGUAACCGCAACAAUGAAAUGCCAGGGGAUGAAGAACUUGGUUUUGAAGCGGCUGUUGCUGCGUUAGGAAUGAAGACGACAGUCAGUGAAGCUGAGCAUCCGUUGCUUUGUGAAGGUACAAGAAGAGAGAAAGGUGAUUUGGCUCUUGCUCUUAUGAUUACUUACAAAGACGAUCAGUCAAAACUAAAAAAGAUUUUGGAUAAGUUGUUGGACCGUGAAAGUCAGACGCACAAACCACAGACUUUGAGUUCCUUUUACUCUUCUAGUAAACCAACCACCGCGAACCAAAAAUCUCCUUCUAAACAUGCCUCGCAAUUUACUGCCGCUAUUAUUAUAUCAGGGAGCCCUGCAGCUCACCAGCAACCUGGAGUGUCCAGUACAGUCCAUGGAAACGUAACCGAAAACCUUCCAGAGAAGAAUAGCCAGGACAGCUCACAGAAAUCUACAGGAGAACCUGCAGGGGAAGCGCAUGUUUAUAAGCAGGAAGGGAAGGUUCCAAGUCGCCUGGCCUUGGGAAAUCGAGGAGGGUACAAUGGGAGAUGCUGGGGAUCACCCGUGCGUCAAAAAAAGAAGCACACGGGCAUGGCCAGCAUUGAUAGCAGUGCACCAGAAACAACAUCUGAUAGUUCGCCCACUCUGAGCCGCCGGCCCUUGCGUGGAGGUUGGGGAGCCACUCCAUGGGGCAGAGGACAGGAUAGUGACAGUAUCAGCAGUUCCUCCAGUGACUCGUUGGGAUCUUCCUCCUCCAGUGGCAGCAGGAGGGCCAGUGGUGGAGCUAGAGCUAAGACGGUUGAAGUGGGUCGAUACAAGGGACGUCGUCUGGAAAGCCAUGCACCCCAUGUCCCAAACCAACCUUCUGAAGCAGCAGCCCAUUUUUACUUCGAGCUGGCAAAGACAGUCCUCAUCAAAGCAGGAGGAAACAGCAGCACUUCCAUCUUCACACACCCAUCAUCUAGUGGUGGACAUCAAGGGCCCCAUCGCAACCUGCACCUUUGUGCCUUUGAAAUAGGGCUGUAUGCUUUGGGUUUGCAUAACUUUGUAUCUCCUAAUUGGCUGUCCAGAACAUACUCUUCCCACGUCUCCUGGAUAACUGGUCAGGCCAUGGAGAUUGGCAGUGCAGCUUUAAACAUCCUGGUAGAAUGUUGGGACGGACAUCUCACCCCACCAGAGGUGGCAUCUCUCGCAGAUAGAGCUUCGAGAGCUAGAGAUUCUAAUAUGGUUCGGGCUGCAGCUGAACUGGCACUAAGCUGCCUCCCACAUGCUCAUGCUUUAAACCCCAAUGAGAUCCAGAGAGCUUUGGUCCAAUGUAAAGAACAGGAUAAUUUAAUGUUGGAGAAAGCUUGCAUGGCUGUUGAGGAUGCUGCCAAGGGAGGAGGUGUUUACCCAGAAGUUUUGUUUGAAGUGGCCCAUCAGUGGUAUUGGCUGUAUGAACAGAUGGUUGGUGGAACUCCAGCACAAAGAGAAGGAGCUACUGGCUGCAGCACUGGGGGAGCUCGAUCUGUGGUGGAAGCAGUCCGUGGACUUGCAGAUAGCAGGAUAAUUACGGAUACCUCCACCGUGACAGUAGCAGCAGCGGUGACUGCAGCAACAGUGGUCCCAGUAAUAUCUGUCGGGUCAACCAUUUACCAGCAACAUACAGCCAUGGCUCAUGCGCAUACACAAGGACUGCAUCCAUAUACCACCUUGCAAACACACAUACCGUCUGUAUGCACCCCACAGUACAUCGGGAUCCCACGCCAGCAAAUCCCACAGCCAACUGUCUUUCCAGUCCCAGGAACACUGUACACCCAGAGCGUUCACCCAGCAUUCAUUGGUGCUCAGUAUCCCUACACUGUUACAACACCUUCUCUGGCAGCUACGGCAGUGUCCUUUCCCGGAGCACCAGUCCCGUCAAUGACACAGAUUGCUGUGCAUCCGUAUCAUACAGAAGCAGGACUGUCCUUGACGUCUAAUGUAGCAAUAGGGAGCGUCCACACAGGACCCGCAUUUCCGUCCAUUCAGGGGACAACAUUGACAGCUCUAAACACGCAGUCAGCGUCGCUGGUCACGGGGAGCUUUCCUACAGAAGAUGAUCAGCACAGUCAGCCCGUAAGCCCACAGGGCCUGCACUAUCUCCACUCCGCUUAUCGAGUAGGGAUGCUGGCUUUAGAGAUGCUGGGCCGGAGAGCUCACAAUGACCACCCAAACAACUUCUCGAGAAGUCCCCCAUACACAGAGGAUGUGAAAUGGCUCCUAGGGUUAGCUGCAAAACUUGGUGUCAACUAUGUGCAUCAAUUCUGUGUUGGAGCAGCUAAAGGUGUGCUGAGCCCAUUUGUUCUGCAAGAGAUCAUCAUGGAAGCACUCCAAAGGUUAAACCCUGCCCACAUCCACAACCACAUGCGUACCCCUGCAUUUCACCAACUGGUGCAGCGUUGUCAGCAGUCCUACAUGCAGUAUAUCCACCACCGGCUCAUACAUCUGACCCCUGCGGACUAUGACGACUUUGUAAAUGCCAUUCGCAGUGCAAGGAGUGUGUUCUGUUUGACUCCUCUAGGAGCAAUGCAGUUUAAUGACAUCCUCCAAAAUCUGAAACGGGGCAAACAGACCAAGGAAUUGUGGCAAAGGGUGUCUCUGGAAAUGGCCUCGUUUUUACCAUGACAUCCGAGCAGAACAUGGAGAAAACAACAGGGAGAUUAGUUUGGACUUUUAAGCCCUUACAAGCAAAUAGGACACUACACAGCUUCCAUAAGCAGGACUGGAUGGCUCACUAAUUUCAUUGCUAAUAGCCCCCCACCUCCCCUCCGUGUGAAGCCAUUGGACAAUAUCUCGCUAUCAGGUCACCUGUGCAAUGGAAUGACCUGGUUUCCAGCCAGCGGAGAAUAUGUUAAUCUGGUUGCACCUAUGUAAACUAUUUGUACAAGGUUGGAUUUUUUUUUUUAAAUAUAUACUUAUUUUAUUUGCGUUAUAACAUUGCAAAGCAGUUGUUUGAUAUGUCAUUCCUUAUGUCGCAGAAUACUUUCUCCCUGUGGUGGUUUUGACUGGAGAUUUUCAGGACGGUAGAGUGUGCAAGGAUUGUCAUUUACUGACUCAUUAUGUCUCUUUAUUCCCCCUAGUGUUAGUUUGCAGUGUGUGCGCCUGUUAAUUUUCUGUGAGAUACAUUUUUGCUAAAUAUUUAUUUUAGCUUUUAUAAAAAGGUAUUUUGUUAUUUUGCAUUAUUGGAUGUUGGAAGCAUACGUCAUCUUGUGUGGCUACUUAUAUUAAAUGUGGUCAGUUAGUUUUA